AUGAGAGUUAUUGGUAAGCGGGGGACGAAGAACACGUACCAGCUAUCGGGUGAAGGGAGAACAAGCUUGAUGGUGAUGGCACCCAUCUGUGCUGAUGGCUCGUAUCUUCCACCAACUGUUAUCUUCAAAGGCAAACGGAUGCUGAAGAAGUGGAGGGAUAACAACCCAUUACCUGCUCAUGUAUCCUGUGCUCGUAAAGGAUACACAAACAACCUUAUCGGCCGUUCCUGGAUAGAACAUUUCGACAAGGAUACCAAGGAUAAAGACCUAGGUGCUGAGUGA